CUGGUGGGUUGAAAAUUUAGGGAACGAAAUAAACUGUCAACAUGGCCGAUGUUCAAUUAGCACCUUUACGUCCAAUUGGCGAUUUUCUUAUGGAAUCAGCACGGUUCCAAAUACCCAACAUCAAAGAUCCAGAGAAAUGGGCCAAUAGAGUUCUUAACAAUCUGCUUUACUAUCAAACCAAUUAUUUUUUGACAGCUCUUCUGGUUUUCCUUUUAAUAGGUAUUGUCCAUCCGGUGCAGAUGGUUUGUGGAUUCAUUGCAAUUUCUGUGGCAUUUGGAGGCUUUGUUUACUGUACCAGUUCACGAUGGAAGGCAAGGCGCUUUAAACGAGAUCAUCCGAUAAUAAGCGUGAUUGUGAUACUCCUCUCUGGAUACUUGUUGGUCUAUAUGGUUGGAGCUGUAAUAGUUUUCAUGUUUGGAAUUGCUUUUCCACUAUUGUUAAUACUGAUACAUGCAUCAUUUCGGAUGAGGAGUAUCAAAAAUAAAGUAACAAACCGUCUGGAAACCGUGGGUCUCAAGAGAACACCAAUGGGGAUAAUACUGGAGGGACUUGGCCAGGACCAGGAACCAGUCUCAUAAAUUGAUGUACCUUUAUACUUGUAGUCUGUGGUUUAUAUUGUCAAUCUUGUAUAUUUAUACAACUGUUCACAUUUACAGGCCAUAAUCUGGUAUUAUCUUUCUUAUGAAUUGAACCAACUAUAUAACUGCUAUUUAAUACUAGGGUUGCUGGUAUUUCUUUAUAUUUACAUGUAUAUCACAUUUUAUAAAGGAAACAUUUUUGUCAAAAAGUUUUAUUACCUAUUAGUAGAUGCCUAGUUAGAUGGAUUGGUGGAACGUAGCAAUGUAUGCAUUUCAAGAAAUCCAGAUUAUAUGGGCCUAGAGAACUAGGAGUUGGUCUGCUGGUAUACUGUAAAGGAAUAUUUUGCAAGAAAACCAAAUGAUAAAAAUAUAUAGUAGAUGUAGUAAUGAAGGAAUUUUCUUGAGAAUUUUAAACAUAGCUGAAUAUACAAGGCAGUUUCUUUAAUAAAUACAGCAUUCAAUAUUGUCAUUUUAGAAAUAGCAUUUAACUUUUGUGACAGUAUGCUCAGUUACCAUAGUUUCUACAACAUACAUUGGUUUAAUAUGUAGAACAGUAUCUAUAGAUUAACAUGUAUCUGUGAUAUAUUUGCCUAACAGCCUAACUCUGUAAUCAAAUUACUGAUAUUUUUCUCUAAAGAAUUGAGUAGAACAAUAAUAAUUUAAGCAGUGUAGUAUGGUAUGAUUAAUUCAUAUAACAAAUUCUGGUUAAGUACUUACCGUGGCAUAUAAACAUAUAAAAUUACAUAUAAAAUUAAUAUGGCUGUUCAAAGUGUGUGUCAAAGCCUUCACAAAACAACAAAAACAUCAACUAACUCAGGCUGUUGGAAAAGCAGACGUUAUAAGACUGCAUCACAAUGCUUUAAAAGUUUACUUUCUAUCGGCAGUGUGAUACUUUCUAUCGGCAGUGUGAGAACAAAUUUAGGUUUUUAGUCUCUACCGAUGGAACGCAGGAGUAGACUAUUAUAAGAAGCCCUCCGUCUGUCUGUCCAUCUGUAAAUCUGGAUCCUGCAGUUACUCAAAAAAUAUUCAAGCUAGGUUCAUAAAACUUUGCAUGUGAAUAGAGUGCAAUAUGUAGAUUAUGCAUGUACAUGACUUACGCUUGUAGGUCGAAGGUCAAGGUCACUAUUGAAGGUCAAGUAAAAACUGUCUGCUCCAUAACUUUUAUAUGCAUUGUUGGAUUAUCUUAGUGCUGCACACAAAAGUUCCCCUGGAUGAGACAGUGUGUCAACACAUGACCUAUGCUUGUUGGUCAAAGGUCAAGGUCACUUUUGAAAGUUUUCCAACAGUAGGGGACUUCUGUUUUGCCACUGCAAUACUCAGUAACUUGUUUGCAUAAUAACUUGACAAACGUAAACUGUUCUUGCCAGUCAAGAUUUACAGAUGUGACCUUUGAAAUGCAGCAGCUGUAUACAGCUUCAUCUGAACUGUAAAUACAUGUAGUAAAAAUACAGUCACUAAAGGGACUGGCCUCCAGAUCAUUCAACAGCAGAAAAAAAUAUUUUUUUAGUUAUCUGGAAAUAAAUGCUACAUUUCUUAAGAAGGCUUUAAACCCUAAUUACUGACAAACUAUAUGUUACAGAAACACAUGAGAUUUGCUGUUUUUACUGCUUUUUACAGUGAAAAUCGAAAAGCGUUUGUAUUGCUUUACUCCAAAUAAACAGUUAAAACUGUCUCGAUUGUAAAUAUCUAUAUUUUGUAGUCAUAAUUCACUAAUUUCACUAUAGCGCUAUUGGUUACGAUGACAGGAAAAUGUCUUUAUUGCCGCAGCGGUCCGGGGAUGAUUUCCGGUAUGGUCAUCUUUUUUUCUUUAUUUGGAAUUUUUUAAAUAUUUUAGAAACAAAAACUCAUAUUCUAAUGUUCAUAAUAUGACCAAACUUCAAUUUGAAAGAAAGAGUUUUUUAACCAAAUCUGGAGGUCAGUGCAUUUAAUAUCACUGUGAAUAUAUUAGGAACUGCAAUGAAUGGCAGACACAAUGGAGUUGAGCAUACUGGCAUAAAUGUCUUUGAAGUGAGUGUGUAUUGUUCUUUGUACAUUUUUUAUAUAUGCUUACAUCAUUAUCAUUUGAGAUUUGUAGUGUGUGUUAAUAUAUAUAUACAUGUAGUGUGUAUGUAGUAUUUUAAGACUAAAGGUUAGUGUGUGUUUUAUAGAGUAUUAUUUAAUAUAAUAACUUCUUUUCUUCUUUUGUUGUUAUAAACAUACAUUUAUAAAUAUUUAAAGCAUUUAUAUUUAAUGGAAAAGAAAGAAUUUUUAAAGCAUUGAUCAGUUAAAAUGAAAUUAUCACAAAUACAAAAUAAAAAAUGUGUUAUAGUUAACCAGGCUUAUGUAAUAUCUUAGAACUACUUGAAUAUUACAGACACAAUUUUUAACUGAAUGAAAAUGUGAUACCCCUGAUAGUGUUGUUUUGGGCCAUGUAUUGGAUUAUCUUUAUCAUUUUAAUCAUGCUAGUUUUAACUACGUAGUGCCUAGUAUGUAUAUUAACCUUUACAAUGCUAAAUUUCUAAAAUUUGGGCAGUACCACUUAUUAUUAAAAGAUAUAUUCACUGAAAAUUUACUGACUGAAUACCAAACAGUGCAGACCCUGAUCAGCCUGCAGACAUGCAGGGUGAUCUUGGUCUGCACUGGUCACAAAGUCAGGAUCACUUGUCGCCAGUAGGCUAAAGGUUAAAAUGCUAUGCAUGGCACUGCAAAUAUUUCCAACAAGAAGUUUUGUGUAAGCACUUGCCUAAGUACCUUUUUUUCAGUACAUUUUUCUGAUAGUGUAUAAAUUUUAUGUAUUUGAAGGUUUGGCAAUAUAUUUUGCAUAAAAUUAUUACCUGUUUAUAUAUACCUGUACAUCAAUGAUUGAAUGAAAAACUGUUGUAAGUUGGUCUCAAAAUUCAGAGAGUUACAACAGUUUUUUUUUUCAGCCAUGCCUUUUUCAUACAAGAAUAAAGAUUUUAUUAAGAAAUGAAAUCUAGCGUGUAAAUUCAUGUUCAUCUGAUUCCAUGUCGCUUUAUCUCAUGUAAACUGGCUUCAUAAUAUUCCAUUUUUUUGUGUGUAAAAUUUUUAUAGGUAUAUAAAACAUGACAUGUAAUAAAUGAAGGCUGUUCUUUUGCUUUGUACCCCUUCUGUACCAAAUAUUGUUUUAUUAGCUCACCUGUCACAUAGUGACAAGGUGAGCUUUUGUGACCACCCUUCGUCCGUCGUCUGUGCGUGCGUCCGUGCAUCCGUCAACAAUUUCUUGUCUGCACAAUAGUGGUUUCAUUUAUGAUUUUAUUUUAACCAAACUUGCACACAACUUGUAUCACCAUAAGAUCUCGGUUCCUUUCUUGAACUGGCCAGAUCCCAUUACGGGUUACAGAGUUAUGGCCCCUGAAAGGGCCAAUAUUGGCUAUUUUGACCUUGUCUGCACAAUAGCAGCUUCAUUUAUAAUUUGAAUUUAAUCAAACUUGCACACUACUUGUAUUGCCAUAAGAUCUUGGUUCCUUUCGUCAACUGGCCAGAUCCCAUAAUGGGUUCCAGAGUUAUGGCCCCUGAAAGGUCCAAAAUUGGCUAUUUUGGCAUUCGCAGCCAUAUAGAGACUUCCAAAAUAUCUUCAACAACAAUAAAUCUUGGAUUCCAUGGCAAAUCAGAUCCAAUGGUAGGUUCCAGAGUUAUUUUAUAUCUUAUUUAAGUCCCCUGAUUGUAAUCAAAAUGGAUUUAUAUCAGUAAGUACUUAUAGGACUUAUUUGAAUUUUCAUUAUUGUCAUUAGUUGCACUGAGCCAAUCAGGGUAGAUAACUAUGGACCGAUUUUAUGUCAAAUUACCUCCCUUUAUUUCAAAUUAAAAUGGGUAUAUCUCUGUAACUAAUGAAGAUACUGAUCUGAAAUUUCAUUUAUGUCAACAGAUUUAUUUGGCAGAUCCUUAGUUUGUUCACUUACAAUAAUUUUCUUUUUAAUUACUUCCCUUUUACGUUACUAUAAAUAGCUUAUUUUUAGUAACUUUUUUAUUAUUGACCGUAGGGAAAAGCCGAGACCACUUUUUUGUGGUACAACAUGGAUGGUACCUCCAAUUUUUAGGUGUAUUUUGACAUAUCUGUACCUUGUAAGAAUUUGUUUUCUUUUUGGUUAAAUUUCUUUCCUUUGUUAUGCCCCCGAAGGGAGGCAUAUAGUUUUUGAACCGUCUGUCUGUCUGUCGGUCUGUCAGUCUGUCGGUCUGUCGGUCUGUCCACAAUUUUCGUGUCCGGUCCAUAUCUUUGUCAUCGAUGGAUGGAUUUUCAAAUAACUUGGCAUGAAUGUGUACCACAGUAAGACAGCGUGCAGUGCGCAAGACCCAGGUCCGUAGCUCAAAGGUCAAGGUCACACUUAGACGUUAAAGGGUAGUGCGUUGAUGGGCGUGUCCGGUCCAUAUCUUUGUCAUCGAUGGAUGGAUUUUCAAAUAACUUGGCAUGAAUGUGUACCACAGUAAGACGACGUGCAGUGCGCAAGACCCAGGUCCGUAGCUCAAAGGUCAAGGUCACACUUAGACGUUAAAGGAUAGUGCAUUGAUGGGCGUGUCCGGUCUAUAUCUUUGUCAUCGAUGGAUGGAUUUUCAAAUAACUUGGCAUGAAUGUGUACCACAAUAAGACGACGUGUCACACGCAAGACCCAGGUCCGUAGCUCAAAGGUCAAGGUCACACUUAGACGUUAAAGAUCAUUUUUCAUGAUAGUGCAUUGAUGGGCAUGUCCGGUCCAUAUCUUUGUCAUUCAUGCAUGGAUUUUAAAAUAACUAUGCAUGAAUGUGUGACACAGUAAGACGAUGUGUCGCGCGCAAGACCCAGGUCCGUAGGUCAAAGGUCCUAAACUCUAACAUCGGCCAUAACUAUUCAUUCAAAGUGCCAUCGGGGGCAUGUGUCAUCCUAUGGAGACAGCUCUUGUUGUUCCUGUCCUUUGGACAUAGAUAUUUUUUCUGAGGACCUUCUUAUCCUCAAGUGCAAUGAUAACAGGUGAGCGAUAUAGGGCCAUCAUGGCCCUCUUGUUCCGUUUACACAUGUAAGUGAUACAGUCACAUACAGAACAAAAAAAUUGUGUCUUAUUUUCUGUUCUCCAUUCCUGAUACAUACGUAUUAGUGAGAUGUGUAUUAAGAUAUUUUUCAUAGAUUUUAAUAAUUACAAGUCCCGUUUUGUGUUAUGUGCAAUAUUCAAAAACCAAAUAAACCCUCACCCACUCUGUUUUGUUCUGCUAUAUGUUAAUACAGUAUUUCUAAAAUUUUCAGGUUUCCACUUAAUAGGUCAGUUAUACAACAUUUCUCUUUCAUUAAUGACUGCCUAUAUAAAUAAUCACUAUAUAUUUUUGCUAUUUGACCAGUCUAUAAUUAUUCAACAAGUUUACAGUGCUAAUGUGUCAAAGACUGAAAAAAAAUAAAACCGAAUAUUAAUUUCUGAUGUCAUGUAAUAAAACUUAUUGAAUGGUUUGGAUUAUUUGAUGGCAAGCCAUUUAAUAUGUGUAUAAUGUUGCACUCAUAUUGUUGCCAUGCCUAUAUCUGGUUUUCUACAAGAAAUUUUGUAGGAACUGACAGUGGAAGAUAAAUUCCCAUUGAUAUAUAAUGCAUAAUACAAUAAUUAUUAUUAUUAUUCAUUUCCCUAUUUAUACAAAACAAUAAGCUAGUAAGAGUAAAAUUUACUUACAACCUCUUAUUUGUAAAUUGAAAACACUCCCUAGAUACUAACCAUGCCUGUACUGUCAUAGUGGCAUAUAUAUACAUGUAUAUAUGAAUUAAUAUUGCUAAUUAGGAUGACAGUGAGGGCUUUGAUAUUGUACAACUUAAACUGUCAGUAGAAUUAUCAGCCUGUAUUGAUUUUGAUAAAAUUAUAUUGUAUUUUAAUAUUUAAUUAUGCCCACUUUCGAGUGUGUUUUAGCAGGUUACCUUGAAAGAUGUUUUAGAAGUCUUGCCAUGUUUGCAUUAGAAUCUCGAGAGGAUAUACAUUUUGAUUCACCUAAUUGUCACUGUUUUAAAUCAAGCUUUUUUUCCUAGGCAGAUUUUCAGACUUUCAGUCAGACAUUGUAAUAAUGUUUAUAAGACUUGUUCUCCUCGUGAAUACACUCAAUGUAAUUCUGGUAUCAAGAAACGUUAAAAUAUCUGGUGAAUACUACCGGUAUUCAAGGUGUUCACUAUUCAUAAUUAUAUCUUGCUUCUGUGUUCAUUUUGUAUUUUUGUCCUGUCGCAUUUGUGAUUUUUUAAAGAACUAUUUUUGAAGGAGUACUGAAGUUUAUAAGUGUGGAGUUACUGAGUUUUGUCUUUGUAUAGGUAAAGGUAGAUGUUUCAUAAGAUAUUUUGAAAGUGUUAUCAAUUUUAUUUAUGUCUUUUCAUGAAUAACAUGAUGUAAUAAAAAGGUGUAAAUAUUAUAUUAAAGACACUUGCUGCAGUUUCUUGUAUGAGAGAUGGGCAAAAAAUUUCCUAAUAAUAGAAUUUGUUGAAACAUUGUAUAUGAACACAGUUUCAUGUUAGAAACAGAAAAAUGCAAAAACAAUUAUAGGUCAUCGUGCUUGUUUAAGAGUUACCUGCCCUUAAAACUGGAUUUUUCUUCAAAUCUGCAUUUUUAAGGGCAGAUAACUCCAAAAACAAGCAAGGUGCCAUUCGAUUUUUUUCCAUAAUUCUGUUUCUAACAUGACACUGUUCAUAUACAAUGCUUCAACAAAUUCUGUUAAUGGAAAAUGUUUUACCCAAAACUGCCGCAUGUGUCCUUUACACUAGAUUAUGCACUUGUUUUUCUGCACAAUAAAUUACUUCCUAUGUUAAUGAUGUAUUCCAGGUCAAACACAUUCACAUUAAGUAAAAUGGUAAAAGAACAUUUUAAUGCUCAAUUGUUUGAAAGUAGCGAUGUUUAUUUAUAAAUGUCAUUGUUUAAAGGCACCGUGUAUUACAGGGGCAUAUCUCCAGAUAUGCGUCACACUCUCAAAACUAUCACAACAGGCAAAGAUUUUAAAAUAUUAUAACUUGUUAUAUUAUAAUUCCAUGUUUAAUAGUAAGCUUUACAGCUUAAUUUAAUACACUGAACUGCUUUAAAAACGCAUCACUAUCUAUUGUUAAUUUUUCAAAAAGACAAUAUUAUACAGUUAUUGGCUUAUGUUGAGGUCAGUAUGUGUUUUUACGGACCCCAAAAAAAAAAAUGAUAUUGACCGAGGCGGCAGUCCCAGGUCAAUAUCAUUUUUACAGCUCUGUAAAAACACAUAUUGACCAAAACAUAAGUCUAUAAUUGUUAUAUGCCGUUCUCAAAUGCAUUUAUUUGACUGGGCCAGAUUUCAUACAUAUAAGAAAAAGUAAUAUCACAAGAGUCAUUAUCACUUUUGCAGGUCAGUAUCGCUUUUUGCGGACCCGCGUGUGCACUAAUUUCGACCAAUCAAAUGAGCGCAUUUGAGAAAGGUAUAUAAUAUUUCUUAAUAAAUCUGCUUUAAUAAUAAACUGUACAUCUUAAUUUCUUUUCUUUUACAGCAACAAUUUACUGUAUUACUUACACAGCAGAGAUCUUUUCUGUGCAUUUUAAAGCUAUAUUUUACUGCCAGAGUAACACAGUAUAAAGCUUUUCUUUAAAUUUUACAGCAACAUUUUACUGUAUGACUGACACAGUAGAGUAAGGAGUCACUUGCAUUAAGUAAUCAGUAGCUGACUUCUCAAGUAGACUUUUUGUUCUAAUUUCAACUUGCCUUAAACAAACGUCUGCCUUAAAAAGCAAGAUCCCAUCCCAUCCCCCACCCUCUUCCUUAAGUCAGUUUGACUGUAUGAUAUGAGCCGCGCCAUGGGAAAACCAACAUAGAGGGUAUGCGACCAGCAUGGAUCCAGACCAGCCUGCGCAUCCGCGCAGUCUGGUCAGGAUCCAUGCUGUUCGCUAAUAGUUUCUCCAAUUCCAAUAGGCUUUAAAAGCGAACAGCAUGGAGCCUGACCAGACUGCGCGGAUGCGCAGGCUGGUCUGGAUCCAUGCUGGUCGCAUACCCACUAUGUUGGUUUUCUCAUGGCACGGCUCAUAUGUUUUUACAGCAACAUUUUCAAUAUAUUCUUAAAGCAAAAUUUGACUGCAUGUCAUAAUGAGACCUUUUUCCAAAAUAUCUAGACUUUCAAUAAAUAAAUUAUUUCCAAAGCUGAUUGGACCACUUUACUUUUGAUCUACUAUCAAAUAAAAGUAUUCUCGGAAUUUUGAUGAAGGCUGACAAAUUGGUGUAAUGAACCCGAGGAUGUGUCCCGUAAUUGAGGUGCACUUUAUUGAAUUAUUAAAGUGCAAUAGUGAUUGUUACUCAUACAUUUAAUGAUUUAGUGUUACUAUGCAACAAUUGUAUGGUAAUUAAGUGUCAUUAUGUACAGCAUCGAUUUGAUGUUCAGUGUCACUAUAUAAAACAACUGUGUGAUAGUAAGUUUAAUGUCACUAUGUAGGAUGGCUGUGUGAUAGUCGAGUGUUACGAUGAACAACUACUACAUGAAAAAUUUAAUGUCAAUAUGUAUAUGUCAUAGGUCAGGACGUUUUCAACAGAAUUUCUUUUAGAAAAUAUAUUUGAUAAAAACACCUUUUUUGUGCAAAAUUUAUGGAAUUUGAACAACCCUAAAUCGUUUCCUUAAAUGUUUGUAAAUUGUAUAAAUACUGUGUAUUGAUUGAACAGAAAACGAAGACAGGAAAAAAAUACUUGCUACCAGACAUGAUACAAAUGCACAUGGUAGUGUUAAGGCAAAUCUUGCUUAUUCUGCGUUAUUUACCAGCUCCCAAACCUAUCACACCUUUCUUAACCUUCCUGUGCUGUAAGCUUAGCUUUUAGUAUUAUUUAUGUUUUAUAUGCCUGUGUGUAAGUUUUGUUAUGGACCAUUGUAAUAUGCAGCUGAGAUUUACUAUAGCAAUCCCGCUUUUUUAUGCCCCCGAAGGGAGGCAUAUUAGUUUUCAACUGUCUGUCCGUUCGUCACACCAAUGUUAACUUUUUGCAUGAAGGCACUUUACUCGCGAACCACUGCACCCAGGACCUUCAAACUUCACAUGCCGAUAGUACUUAUUGAGUACACAACCCCUAUUGACUUUGGGGUCACCAGGUCAAAGGUCAAGGUCAAAGGUCAAAGCGCUACAGGGGCAUUUGUCACCAUUAGUGACAGCUCUUGUUUGUUUAAAUAUAAAUGUGAAUUUCUUUUUGUUUAUAUAAUAAUGUGAAAUUCAUUUGAACAAAAAUAAAUCUUCUUAAAAACAAA